AUGGGAAAGAAGAGAAAACAUGCAGAUAGUGAUGAAGAUUAUAUUAGGCGAAAAAUACGACGGUUGGAAGAAAAAUUGAUAAACAAAACAAAACGUAACCGCGUUAUUUACUCCUCAGACGACGAUUUAAGCAGUCAGUCUUCAGAUUCGCCGCCGCCAAUGGAGGCAGAGUGCGAAUCCCCGUUACCAGUGAUUGUGCACGCGCCUGCGUCUCCUCCGUCCCAGCCGGAGUCGCCGCCGCCGCCAGACUCGCCGCCGCCGCCGCCGCCGUCACCGCUCCUGCCGCCGCCGAAGCCGCCGUUACCACCUCCGACAGCAUCGGUAAUAGCAGAUCAUAAUGCGACCGCAGAAACAAUCGUUGCAGAAGAACUCGAAGGAGAUAUUUUACAACUUCUCGGUGACGCACCUAGAUGUGAAACUGCUCUGGGGCCACCAAUUCACAAAGAUGUAGCGAGUAGAUGGCAAGAGAUACUCGUUAAAGGUCUGCUUAAAGACACUAAAGAAAAAUUGCUGGAAGAAUAUCUGGUUCCUAGCAACUGCAAUUUGUUAAUAGCACCUAACCUCAACCCUGAGGCAAAGGCAGCCCUUUCCGAUCCGUUGGUGAAAAGAGACACUUUUCUAAUGCAAAAACAAAAACAAAUUGGCAUAGCCCUGUCCGCCUUGGCUUCGGCUACAUCUCUGAUUCUCUCCAACGAAACAUCCAAGCAAAAGUUACUCAAACCGAUUAGUGACGCUUGCCGCAUCUUAUGCGACAAUCAUUUUAUGGAGACAAAAUCCCGAAGAAAUAUGGUUAUCUCUUCAACCAACAUGCAACUUAAGGACACUUUAAUGGAAUCGGUCAGAGAUCAAUCUUGGUUAUUUGGCGAAAAUAUAUCUGAAAAAGUAAAAGCUGCAAAAUCAAUACAAAGAUCCGGGGACGAUUUGAAAAAUCAACCGAAACAAACUCCUAAAAAUAGCAGAGGUCGUUUAAACUUCAAGCCCCAGCACCGCAAAGUAGACCACAAGCCAGCGAGCAGCAGCGACAGCGGCCGCGGCCGCCCGCACCAGGCAGCGGCGCGGGGCUCAGCGCGCGGCGCGCAUCACCGGCCCGGCCAGCGCUCGCCACCACCGCGUCGCUCUUACCACAAGUAAACUGUGAGGAACACACACCAGCUCCACAAAACCCUAAAAUUGGUUGCCGCGAAGCUUUCCGGCAAACAUUAUUAAAGAAAUCUUUAGCUCCUCAGACUAUAGAAAUCAUGUUAGCAUCGUUAACUGAGUCAACUU